GAACGUCAUGACGCUAAAGAUGAUGCGAAUGAUUCUGUACUGUGAAGAAACGGAAAAAAAUAGCGGAUUGAAAUAAACCUGAAGACUGAGAAUCUCUCCCAAUGAGAGCACUCUGUUAGCUCUGGACACAGAUGGCUAGCUGUGGCGAGGUUGACCACUCCGUGAACAUGCUCCCCUCUGGCAGGAAGUUGGGCGCUGAGGCGUGUUCGGGUGCCACCUCCCCCGCCCUGGCGGUGCCGGAGUGCGCCAUCUGCCUGCAGAGCUGCGUGCACCCGGUGCGUCUGCCCUGCAGCCACAUCUUCUGCUUCCUGUGCGUGAAGGGCGCAUCCUGGCAGAGCAAGCGCUGCGCCCUCUGCCGGCAGGAGAUCCCCGAGGACUUCCUGGAGCGGCCCACGCUGCUGUCGCCCGAGGAACUGAAGGCGGCGGGGCGGGGCCCCGGGGAGCACGCCUGGUACUACGAGGGCCGCAACGGCUGGUGGCAGUACGACGAGCGCACCAGCCGUGAGCUGGAGGACGCCUUCUCCAAGGGCAAGAAGAGCACGGAGAUGCUGAUCGCCGGCUUCCUGUACGUGGCCGACCUGGAGAACAUGGUGCAGUACCGGCGCAACGAGCACGGCCGGCGGCGCCGGAUGAAGCGGGACGUCGUGGACAUCCCCAAAAAGGGGGUGGCGGGGCUGCGGCUGGACGCCGAGCUGGCGGGGGCGCAGGCUGCGGCGGGGCGCGAGAGCUCCGCCGACGGGGCGGACGUUUCGGGGUCGCAGGCCGCGGGCGCGCCCACCCCUCUCCGGCCCCCCACCACCCUGGGGGGCCAGCCAGGCAGCCCCACCACCCCGUCCCACGAGGACGCCAGCUCCCUGGAGGACUCCCUGGCCCAGCUCCAGAUCAGCCCCCCCGCCGGGCAAAACCGCGGUCCGAAUGGGGAGGGGGAGGAGGACGGGGACCAGACGGCCCCAAACACCUCCGUAGAUGACUCAGAGUCCAGGAGCACUGAGGAGGAAGUGGAAGAGGAGGAGGAUGAGGAGGAGGGUGAGGAUGAGGAGGACAGGGAGGAUGAGGAGGACGGGGAGGAUGGGCAGGAGGUGGCGGAAGAGGGCGCGCGGAGCAGGCAGAGACUGCUGCAGCAGGAGAGGUUCGGGGAGAGCCACGCAGACAGGUUGCCCCCUGGUGGUGAGUCCUCCACCAGCAGCAGUGUGAGAUCUAGAAGGCCUGAUGGUCAGUGCAGUGUGACUGAAGUGUGAACUCUGAGCCCCUCACACCCCAUUCAACCCCCCCACCCCUGCUGAAACAGGAUCAGAUCGCUCAGAUACCAGAUUAUAUUACAGAUACUUUCUUCUGGGUUUCCAGGCACAAAAUCAACUAAAGGAGGACUAACAACCCAAGGCCUGGGAGAGACCAAACAUUGCGAAGGUACAGUGUAGAUUCUCAUCCUCAGAUAAAACCUCACAAUCAGUUAAAGGAUCUGAUUUCCUCAUCCAUUUGACUGCAAUAGAUUCUCUCUGUCUGAAAGGAAUAUUUUAGCAUAUUCCCCAGUCGGAGCCCAAAAUAAGUAUCCUCAAUCAGUGUGUUUCCUAAGCAAAGCAUGGUCUUUGGGUGUUGAAUUCAUGUCAUCCUCAUACACUAGUCUGUACCAUUUGUGCAUGAUGUUGUGAGAGAAAGGGUACCGAACACUACUGUUGGAGAAACGUGAAGCCUGGGUUUUAGAAUGUAGUUUAUUAUUUCUUUGUGUGGCCUGAAGAGGACAGGAGGUGGAGAUGGAAGCCACACCGUGGCUCAGAAGACAUGUCACGCCCUGUCCAUGAGCAAAUUUGAAGUUUUAACUGUGAUUGUUUUUACAUUUCUUACCAAAUUUCAUUGCCAUAUGUCCCGUCCACUCUAAUCUUUCGAUCUCUAAAAAGAUUAACUUUUUCUCUACUCUUUGUUUCAUUGUAAUAUUUUGUUACAUGAUUUGUAACUUGGAAAAAUAAAGUAUUUGUCAAUUUAUCAUCCCAAAUGAAAGGAUUUGUACUGUCUGAUCUGCUGACUUACAAACUGCGGAAGCCAAUGGGCUGUAGAGGGUGGGUGAAACAGUAGCUGAACAAUCAUGCAAAACACAAAAAUAAGAAGUGUUUAAUCAGAUAAGAAUGCACUCAGCGGUAGAGUUUGCUAGAGGAUCUGUUCAGCAGCUCAAUUAUCCCAGGGUAUCCACUGCAUUAAUGUCUAUUGGUUUAAUGGAGUUAGUGUUUUAUACUGUAAAGCAGUA